GACAUUCCUCCGAAUGACGUCAUGACGUUCCCCCUACGUCUGACGUCACUGACGUCGAACGGGGCUGUUUGUUCUGGAUUCAGGGGUGAGGAAGACCUGCGCGCGCUGACAACCGACAGAAAAAGACCACCUCUACCCCCCUCGUCAACCAACAAACCAAAGGAAGUCUAGCCACUCUCUCCUGCCCCCCCUCCAGGUCACUACUCCACCCCUCUCGUCAACCAACCAACCAAAAGAAGACUGGCCCCUCUCUCCUGCCCUCCUCCAGGUCACUACUCUACCUCUCCAUUCUGAGAGAUGACACUCCCUCUGGAAUAGACCAAGCCUGCACCACAACAGACAAACAUAGAGUCCAGCGUUUUGUGUGAUGGCCUGAGAGGGCUUCCCAGUCUAGCCUGCCUGCCUCUCCCGGGUCCAAACUGUCUGACUGGGACUCCCCCCCUCCCCGCCUGCUACGCCCUGCCUCCGUCGCCAUGGGAGACGGCCUGGAGGCGGGCAGCAGCCUAGACCCCGCCCCCCGCUCCCACUCCUGUAACCCCCCGCCCCCCGAGACAUGGAACCCCUCGAGGCCGAAACGACAGACCAACCAGCUACAGUACCUGUUGAAGGUGCUGCUGAAGACACUGUGGAAACAUCAAUUCUCAUGGCCCUUCCAGGCUCCCGUAGAUGCCAUCAAACUCGGCCUGCCUGAUUACUAUCAGAUCAUCAAGGUUCCUAUGGACAUGGGGACCAUCAAGAAGAGACUGGAGAACAGCUACUAUUGGAACGCCCAGGAAUGUAUACAGGACUUCAACACCAUGUUCACCAACUGUUACAUCUACAACAAGCCUGGUGAUGACAUAGUGUUGAUGGCAGAGUCUCUGGAGAAGAUGUUUCUUCAGAAGAUCUCUGAGAUGCCCCAAGAGGAGACUGAGAUCCCCAUGGUUACCAAGGGGCGGAGGGCGGGGCAGAGAGAAGCAGGUCUCCUGUCUAAGUCUGACUCCGGCCAGGACUCAUCUCCCUCCUCCACCCCCCACACCCGAGGUUUCUCCUCCCCGUCGCCGGGCCCUCAGACUCGGGGUCUCCCGUAUCCCAGGGGCCCCCCACCCUCCCCCUCGCCCUCCCCCUCAGACCCAGCCCCCUCGCGUUCCCCCCCACCCCUCCCUCCCACGCCCCCAGCUGGGACCACCCUUCCCAAUCAGCCCUCUGGAUGUCCUGGCCCAGGGCCUCACCUCCGUACCCCACCACCCCCAGCCCACCCAGGCCUUCACCCUGCUGCCCCAACCAUUCCCCAGAGCAUCGCACCCCCAGCUAAG